CCUCUCGCAGUGAGGACUUCCGGGGUCGGUCUGUGACUGUCCUGUGUUUCACCCAACAACAAAAAAACAACAUAUAUAUUUUUUUCCCCCUCUUUUAAAGUUUUCACACUGGAAUUUCUUCAGAGCGGGAGGACGCAUUUUUUUUUAUUACUACGUUUCUGCGAGGACGUCUUGUGACUCGUCAAAAGAUGAACUUCUUCCGAGGAGUGAUGGGUGGGCAGGCGGCCGGGCCGCAGCCCUCUGGAGCGGACACGAUCCAGAAACUGUGCGACAGAGUGGCCUCCUCUACUCUCCUGGAAGAUCGCAGAGAUGCUGUCCGUGCGCUUAAAUCACUCUCUAAGAAAUAUCGCAUGGAGGUUGGCGUGCAGGCAAUGGAUCACUUGAUUAACAUCCUUCAAACUGACAGGUCUGACUCCGAAAUUCUGGGCUACGCUUUGGACACGCUGUACAACAUCAUCUGCAAUGACGAGGAGGAGGAGCAAGAUGAGGCCAACCAGAAGCAGGCGGAUGACUUGGGCGCCAAGUUCACUGAGGCCUUCAUUCAGAAUGCCGAGCACAUCACUCUGCUACUCACCUUGUUGGAGGAGUUUGACUUCCAUGUGCGUUGGCCUGGUGUAAAGUUGCUGACGGCCCUCCUGAAGAGCCAGUGUGUCCCAGUGCAGAGCAUCAUCCUGGUCAGCCCCAUGGGGGUUUCCAGAUUGAUGGACUUGCUGGCGGACUCGAGAGAAGUGAUCCGCAAUGACGGCUUGUUGUUGCUUCAGCAGUUAACUAAAGGCAACGCCGCCAUUCAGAAGAUUGUGGCGUUUGAAAAUGCAUUCGAGCGCCUUCUGGAUAUCAUCACAGAAGAGGGUAGCAGUGAUGGAGGUAUUGUGGUGGAGGACUGUUUGCUGCUGCUCCUCAACCUCCUCAAGAACAACAGCUCCAACCAGAAUUUCUUCAAGGAGGGCUCGUUUAUCCAGAGGAUGAGACCGUGGUUUGAGGUGGGAGACGACAACGCUGGCUGGUCCGCGCAAAAAGUCACCAAUCUCCACGUGAUGCUGGAGCUAGUGCGAGUCAUGGUGUCCCCUGUGAACUCUCCUGGAGCCACGGCCAGCUGUCAGAAGUCCAUGUUCCAGUGUGGUCUACUGCAGCAGCUGUGCACCAUCCUCAUGGCCACCGGUGUGCCGGCGGACAUCCUCACCGAGACCAUCAACACGGUGUCAGAGGUCAUUAGGGGCUCACAGGUCAACCAGGACUACUUUGCAUCAGUCAACGCUCCUUCUAACCCACCAAGACCAGCCAUUGUGGUCCUGCUCAUGUCCAUGGUCAACGAUAGACAGCCGUUUGUGCUUCGCUGUGCCGUCCUCUACUGCUUCCAGUGUUUCCUCUAUAAAAACCAGAAAGGGCAAGGGGAGAUCGUGGCUACACUGCUGCCCUCCACCAUUGACGCCAACUCCAUCUCAGCAGGCCAGCUCUUGUGCGGGGGCCUCUUCUCAGCGGACUCCCUCUCCAACUGGUGUGCCGCGGUGGCCUUGGCUCACGCCCUGCAGGACAACCUCAUACAGAAGGAGCAACUCUUGCGGGUCCAGCUGGCCACCAGCCUGGGCAAGCCUCCCGUCUCUUUGCUGCAGCAGUGCACCAACAUCCUCUCUCAGGGUGAUAAGAUCAGCCGGCGGGGCAGCAAAGUGCAGACGAGGGUGGGCCUUCUCAUGCUGCUCUGCACGUGGAUCAACAACUGUCCCAUCGCCGUCACACACUUUCUACACAAUCAGGAGAACGUUCCCUUUCUAACGGCUCAGAUCUCCGAGAACUUGGGAGAGGAUGAGCGACUUGUGCAGGGCUUGUGCGCGCUGCUGCUGGGCAUCUGCAUUUACUACAACGACAACUCGCUGGAGAACUACACCAAAGAGAAGCUAAAACAGCUGAUAGAGAAGCGCAUCGGGAAGGAGAACUUUGUGGAGAAACUCGGCUUCAUCACCAAGCACGAGCUGUACUCGCGGGCCGGCCAGAAGCCGCAGCCGGUCUUCCUGUCUCCAGUGCAUAUGCUCUUCGACCAUGAGUUCACCAAACUGGUCAAAGAAUUGGAGGGUGUGAUCACCAAGGCAGUCCACAAGUCCAGUGAAGAGGAGAAGAAGGAAGAAGAGGUGAAGAAGACGCUGGAGCAGCAUGACAACAUAGUAACUCAGUACAAAGAGCUGAUCCGAGAGCAGGAUGCCAAGAUUCAAGAGCUGAAAGAGCAGGUGACCACCAUGACGUCCCAAAACGAAGAGAUGCAGACCACGAUGGCCCAGCAGCUGAGCCAGAUUCAGCAGCACAAAGACCAGUACAACAUCCUCAAGCUCAAGCUUGGGAAGGAAAACCAGAGCCAGGCCAACCCUCCUCAGGGAGACGGUUCCCACGUGAACGGGAUGCAGACGGAAGAGGUCUCACAACUUCGAGAGGAGAUGGAGGAGCUCCGCAAUCAAUACGCUCUCCUCCAGACACAACUCAGUGACAAAGAAGUGCUCAUUGAGACUUUGCGAUCUGAAGGGUCCGAGCCAGCAGAGGGCGCCCCAGAAGGCCCAGACAACACAGAACUCUUUAAGGAACUGGAGCUUCUGAGGAGUCAGGUCCAGACCCAGACGGCCGAAAUCAGCCAGCUGAAGACAGAGAACCAGGACUUGCUCAAAAGAGUUGAAACCGGGUCUAUAGAUGCCACCCCGAGUGGAGACGCCUCAGCGGACGCAUCCAACAUGACAGAAAUGGAGAGCAGACUGGCUGCACAAACGUCUGAGAUGGAGAGACUCAAAGAGGAGGUCAGGGGCCUGACGCAGGGUCGGGCACAUCUGGAGCAGCAGGAGGCCUCGGCCACCAGCUCGGUGGCCAUCCUGCAGACGGAGAAAGCCAAGCUCCAAACAGACCUUCAGGAAUCCAAGAAGGAGCAGGACGACCUGCUGAUGCUGCUGGCUGACCAGGACCAGAAGAUCCUCAAUCUCAAACAGAGACUCAAAGACUUGGGACAGACGGUGGAAGAUGAGGACGACCUGGACACCAUGAGGGACCAAACAGAUGAAGACGAGGAGGAAGAUGAGGACGAGGACUAAGACAACUCUGCAGGAACUAUAUAUAAAAAAAAGGACGUGAACGAGAAACGAGGACUUUGAUUAUGAAGCAGGUUUCUCUCCAGCGGCCAUGUUUUCUUCACUUUACUGUCACACAGCACAUGUACACCAUUAGCAACAACAAAGGUCUUUUAAGUAGUCAGUGCGUUCAUCUCGGCUAUUUUUAUCACCACUUGGGAUGACUUGGACUUCUUGUAACGUGUCGUCAUAGUCCAAAGCUGAAACGUAGAAAAAGAAAGGCGUAGCAUCAUUUUUCUCUUUGUUUCAGUAUUUCCCCAACAUCCAUUCAUGUUCCGCUCUGCGAUAUGCUGCAAAAACUGACGGACGAGAUGUACAAAUAAAAGAAAAAAAAAGAAGAUAUUUUUGUCAUCGGGCUUCUGUACGAUAAUGUGUAACUUAAAAUGUUUACGAGCCACGUUGAAAUAAUCUAUUAACGCCUAUGAUGGAGGACUAAUUGUUGGUAAAUUAAAUUUGACUAAAUCA